AGCCAAGUCAUUCCCUUUGUAACAUCGUUUGAUUCGCCAUGUCAUCAGACGCUGAAGAUGAGGGCCUGGAUCUAUUCCAGGAGCCCGCUGAUUACUACCAACCAGAAAAGCAGGCAACUUUUGCCUCUCACAAAUUGCUUUCCGGCAAAGACCUUACUGUCCGGCUCGUGGGACACAAUCCAUUGUGGGGUCACUUCUUAUGGAAUGCAGGGCGGACAAUCUCAUCAUAUCUGGAAGAAAAUUCAAAUCAACUUGUGAAAGACAAGACUGUGUUGGAGCUAGGUGCCGGUGCGGGACUUCCUAGUCUCGUUUGUGCGCUCAAAGGUGCUGCUCAGACGGUAGUCACUGACUAUCCUGAUGCCGAUCUGAUCGGGAACUUACGAUACAAUAUCGACCAUUGCAAGCUACUCUCUAAGCCGCCAAAGAUUGUGGCCGAGGGCUACCUAUGGGGCGCGCCCACCCAAGAUCUGAUAAAGCAUCUUGGUAAUGACUCGGGUUUUGAUGUUUUAAUCUUAGCCGAUCUUCUUUUCAACCACUCGGAACAUGAAAAGCUCGUCAAGACGGUGGAGUUGACGCUGAAAAAGGCACCCACCUCUCGAGCCUUUGUCUUCUUCUCUCCCUACCGACCUUGGUUGUAUGAAAAGGACAUGGCGUUCUUUGAUCUAGCCAGAAAUGCGGGAUUCACCGUAAACAAGAUGUUUGAGAAGAUCAUGGAAAAGGUCAUGUUCGAGGAAGAUCCAGGAGAUGAGCUCCUUCGCCGUACGGUUUUUGCCUAUGAGCUUACUUGGGAAUCUUGAUUUGGUCCAGAAUUCCAGCUGCGAACGAUCUUCAAGAGGUCCAAUCUCGCAAUCUUAGACAUAUUACGAAUGCACAUGUUAUCGAUU